AUGAGGCGCGACAAAGGCGUGUUGUACAUGAGCGAAAUGGAUAUCGGACUCACUUUACCAGAUUAUUUUGCGGCUCUGUUUCGGGCGAAAAUCGGUUCAGCUUCGGUUCGGCGGGAUAUAUUAUUAAGGGCCAUGAAGAUAAAGGGAGAAGAUGCGGUGAAGAAGGGGAUUGUGGAUUCUGCGCAUGAUAGCAUGGAAGAGGUGACUGAGGCUAGCAUGCGCCUAGGGAAGGAAUUGGCAAGCAGGAAAUGGAGGGGUGAGGUGUAUGUGGAGAUAAGGAAAAUAUUUGACGCUGUGGAAUUUUUGUAUUGCAAAUGUUUUGGAUUCGGACUGAAUUAG